AUGUCCAUCAUUGACGGCAGAGCAAUCAGCAGCGAGUUGCGUGCGUCCAUUGCGGCCGAAAUCAAAGAACUCAAGGCACAGGAUCCGUCGUUCGCGCCACGGCUCGUGAUCAUCCAGGUUGGCGACCGUCCUGACUCGUCUACCUACGUCAAGAUGAAGCUCAAGUCGUGCCAGGAGGUGGGCAUCGACGGGUUCUUGCAAAAACUCCCUGUUGAUGUUUCGGAAGCAGAUCUCCUGGCCCGCAUAAACGAGCUGAACGAGGACCCGUCCGUGCACGGGAUAUUGGUGCAGCUCCCGCUUCCUGCUCAUUUGGACGAGGAACGGAUCACCAACGCUGUGAAGCAGGAAAAGGACAUAGACGGCUUUUCGGAACUCAAUUUGGCAGCCAUUUUCAAGAAGAACGCUGCUGCCAAAUUCAUCCCGUGCACACCAAAGGGGAUCAUGUACUUGUUGAAGCACGAGCAGGUAGAGAUUGCAGGCAAGAACGUUGUGGUUUGCGGCAGAUCGGACAUUGUCGGAGGGCCGCUCUCGAAGCUGCUGGAAAAGGCAGGCGGAACGGUGACAGUGAUCCACUCGAAAACGAGUCCUGAGCAGCUCAAGUUCUACUGCUCGAACGCAGAUAUUAUUGUUAGUGCUGUUGGCCGUGCCAACUUUAUCACCGGCGACCUGGUCAAGCAGGGAUGUGUCAUUAUCGACGUGGGGACGAACUACGUUCCGGACGCGACGAAGAAGUCGGGUCAGAGAAUGUGUGGAGACGUGGACUUCGCAUCGUGCAAAGAAAAGGCCUCGAAAAUCACCCCGGUCCCUGGCGGAGUCGGGCCUAUGACCGUGGCGAUGGUUCUGGAUAACCUGUUGGAGAGUGCCAAGCGCAGCAAGAAAGCGUAAGGAGAAAACGGGGAGAUUAUAGGUACAUCUGUAUAUUAUGUUCUGAAAUGAGCAGUGGCGUUCUCGUAGAGCGACUGCCAUACAAACGCUUCGCUGAGCAUCAUCUCGACGUCGGCCUCUGUCCAGUCACUAGUUUUGGACGUGUCCUGGAGAAACAUAAGCAUAUCCUGGAAGUCCAUUUCCAGCAGCUGCUCGCUGAAACGUCGCAGAAACGCACAGCACACGUAGAUAUGGAACUGGUUGAAUCCUGUUGGAUAGCUUGAUAGAUAAGUGUCCCACAUCCGCACAAUCAGCUCCAUUCGAAGCUCGCGCAUCAGCAUGCAGUUCAUCCAUCGGAAAGAGAACUGGAUGAAAUCGAUGCCCUCGUGCUCGAAAUGCUCAGCCAGGUACGGCUCGUCUCUUUUCACCAAAUCUCGCAGCUCGGACACUUGGCGGAUUAUUCCCGGCUGCUCGUGGAUAUAGUUGUCCUGGAUGGUGUCCAGCACCUUUGUGAGACACCAGUAAGUGUCAGCUUCAAUGCAGUUGACCAGCUCCUGCGGCAGCUGGUUGGUGUUGAACGCCUCCAUGUCAACAUGGUCGCACAAAUACGCAGAUAAGAAAAUCUGGUAGAAUGGCGUGGCCAGGUCGUUGAUUCCCUGCACGUAGCCGCUCGCAGGGUGUCUGACCGCCCAUAAAUACAAGACUUUUUCAAGUGAGCGUUGUGUGGACUCGAAUGAGUACAGUUUGAUGGUGGGAUUGGUCCGCGGGAUGUCGAUGGAGAUCUGAUGCCACACCGCCUGGUCCUUCUCCGCUCGGAAUAGCUGUGUCAUGCUGUUGGUGUAUUCUUUACGCUUUCGUCUCAAGACUGACUCUCUUGUGGCGCUGUUGACCGGGAGGUACCCGAGAAGCACCUGCCAAACGAGCGGUCGGAGCGCAGCAGGGACGCCGCUCCAUGUCUGCUUGCGGAGCUCAGCCAUAUCAAACGGCUGGUUUUUCAGCGCCUUGACGAUCUUGCUGUAUUUCGAUUGGUCGCUGGUCCUCUCGAGAAUCACAAAGGGGUCUUUCAUGAUGCGUUCAUAGUCCGGGCAGAGAAAUUGUGCUGGCUGCGCUUCGGCCUGUUGCUGUGGCUCAGCUGGCGGCUCCGUGGACGCCGUCGGCCGGUCCAUCGGAGAUUCCUGCAACUUGAGAUCCGAGAUGUCGGGGUAAAACUGCGGUUUGGGGUCCUGGGGCGAGGGUGUGGUCAGAUCGUCGAUGUCGUCGUUCCAGUCAGCGUCGUCGUCGAUCUUGGCCGACAAAUCGUACAGUUUCUUCGCCUUGGCCAGGUUCAGACUCGGGCGCGGAGACUUGGUGGAGCCGCUCGAGUGGACCGAGCGCGAAUCCGGAGACGAGUUGCGUUUCUGUGUAUCAGACGCACCAAGGUCCAGAUGAGAAUACGACGCUCCAAUCACCUUCUGGCUGUCCACAGUCAGCGGCGAGUUGUCCAUCGGCAACUUUCGUAGGCCAGUCAGCGUCCUGAGCAGCGACGGCUGUUGCUGGAGACUCUGGUAGCCCUCGGUGCCAAAGAUAAAAUCGUUCACCUGGGACAUUUCCUGUUAUGGUUAGCCGUAGAUAGAAUCAGAAAAGACUUACGCUUGGCUGCUGGUACCCUUUCUUUCCCAUUUUCCAAGGUCCGGGCGUGCGAUGGCGGCGAAAACAGUGUCUACUUGGCCAGAGGUUCCAAAGUGCUCUUCUU